CCAUAGCCCUUGUGGAGACCCAGAGGGAGCCCAAAGUGCAUCCCUCAGAACACUGACCCUGCAGCCCUGCCAAGUUUCUCAUGGAAAACGUAAAAUUGUUCCCGUGGCUAAAGAAGUAUGCGUCGUGUGCUCUACUCUAGCCCCCAUGCUGGGAGAUGCAUGAUGCACAUAGAGCUGGUUAAAGGGUUUGAAAAGGCCUGCACUAAAGACUCCUAUUUCACUUUUUAAAAUCCAGCUUCUCUCAAACAGAUGUGACCUUGAGGACUUUUUUCUCUGUAACACUAUUAGCACCUGCAGGGCUAUAUGAGCUCUGUGUGGAGAGUCUGCCCUAAUCCAUGCCCAGGCCAGACCAGCACGGCUGCCAUGCCUGGGGACAGACCCCCUUCCUACUUUCAGCCAGCGGCCUAGCUUUCCCCACACCGGUCCUGGACACCCAACGGUCCUUUAGCAUAAGCCGCGCAGCCAGAGGAGAUGAACAGCCAGCCGGAGGGGCUUGGGGAGGGGACGCCGAUGUGUGGGAACUGUUGGCUGGGCAGGCGGGACAGACGCAGGUCUGUGCUGAGACAGGAGACACACUCUGUUGGCACGUCCUGCUGACUCCCCAGGGACACACAUUCAGGGCACGACCAUGUAAAUUGGGACUUAAAUUUAACUCUAUGUAAAUGUAACUCUAUGUAAAAGUCCAGUGAGGUGGCGGCCCAGCUCACCGCACGUGCACCCACGCAUAGAGAUGGGCAGUGGUUGCACAUCGGCAGCCCUUGGACUACCUCUAGCCCACAGACAGGUUUUGUUUGACCAGCACCGUGUUUGUUUUUUUCAAAGAAGAUCAUUUCACAUGAAACUCUGGCUUCUUGCUUCUUUUAAAAGAGUAGAAGAUCAGGCAGUGCUGAGCCCGUGUUCCCACUUGACUGGAAUUGAGAUAGUCAUAGCCUUUACUCAAGACGUGUCCCCACCUGGUUGAUUUGUUUCCUAACCAGCCCAUGGGGGCAUCUGAGUGGGGCCCUUGGACCACAUUCUCCUAAGUCCUUUCAGACCCUUCUAAAUGCUCUCCUGGCAUCAUACUUAAUGAUUGGUUUCAGAGUUAUUUUUUUCCUGGUCUUUAAAAUCAAGUUUUGGCCAUGUCUCUCCCCUAUGUGAAACCCUUCACUAGUUGACCCAAGGUAAGCUCCAGGUCACCUAGGGCCUGGCAUUUGAGGUGCUCAAUAGUUUGGUGCCACUCAAAGCCUGAGAGCUGGGCAGCAAGUUUAUACAAUUUUGGAUGGAUGGAUGGAAGAAAGGAAGGAGUGCUGGGAAGAGAGAGGCUAGCCUUACAUGGUUCUCAGGCUGAUGGGAGAGGCACAGCAUAUCCAGAAAAAGACCCUGUGAGUUUCCAGAAUUCCAUAUCCUGCCAUGCAACCAGACACGGUCUUCUCAGAAUCAGGGAGAAGGGAUUGGAGCUCAGUGGGUGAGCAAGAAAAGCUGUCUGGAAGAUGUAAGUGACCAGAUGGCUUAAAGACAAACUCUUCCUGGCCCAGACUCCCGCCUAGACACAGCACCAUGCGUCUCCUCGGUCCCUUGCUUCUGCUUCUCGAAUACUUGGCUUUCUCUGACUCAGCCCAGUGGACGUUUGAACAUCCCAAGAUCCUCUACGCCUGGGACGGAGCCUGCGUCUGGAUUCCCUGCCGCUACCGUAUCCUAAACACGCACUUGCUAGAUAACCUGACCGUGUACCACAAUUAUAAGUACAACAGCUCCACCAAGAGCUACCAAGGGACCAUCCUCUAUAAGAACCUAAAAAUCAGGGAUGUUCCUCCUCGUCCGGGGAGGGUACAAUUCCUGGGAAACAGCAGAUACAACUGCACGCUCCUCAUCAAUCCUGUGAAAGCCAAUGACAGCGGUCAGCUGGGGCUGAGGAUGACGUCUAGGGAGAGCAAAUGGAUGGAGCCCAUAGGCCUCAACAUCUCUGAGACGGCUCCUCCACCCCACAUUGAGCUCCCUCCAGACAUCCGGGAGCUCCGCGACGUCACUGUCACCUGCUCGCUGAAUUUCGCCUGCUUUGAGUACCAGGUUCAUCUGCAGUGGUCCCUGGAGGAGCCUGCGGUCACCUCCACCUCCCUGUCCACCGAGACUGUCUCCACCCAGAGCACUCUCACGUUCCAGCCGCAGUGGACUCACCACGGCAAGAACCUGACCUGCCAGCUCUGGGACCCCACGGAACAGCAGUUACUCUCUGAGGAAACGGUGUGGCUGGAUGUGAAGCACGCGCCGAAGUUGAAGAUCCAGGUCAGUCCCAGAGAAGCCACUGUGACAGAGGGAGAGUCUGUGACCAUGACGUGCCAGAUUGUCAGCAGCAACCCACGGCACCAGAAUGUGUCCUGGCUCAGGGACGGGGCCCUGCUUGUGGGGGAGGAGACGCCCAUGCUCACUCUGCCCGAGGUGACCAGGAAGAUGAGCGGGCAGUACCAGUGCAAGGCCCACAACGAUGUGGGCUCCGAAAAGUCGGAAGCAGUGGACCUCCAAGUGCACUAUGCUCCAGAACCUUCCAGGGUUCAGAUCUUCUCCUCGCCAACGAAGGAAGGAAAUAAAGUAGAGCUGACUUGUAUAUCACUGGCCAAUCCUCCUCCAACGAAUUACACCUGGUACUACAAUGGGCUAGAAAUGCCUGGAAAGACGGACAGGACCUUCCAGAUCCCAGAGGUCCUCCUCAGUCAUGCUGGGGAGUACUCCUGCUUGGCGGAAAAUGAUCUUGGUCCUGGACAAGUUGGCCAGGAAGCUGACUUGGAAGUCCAGUAUCCCCCCAAGGAGGUAAUCACAGUGAUUCAAAACCCCACACCGAUUCGAGAAGGAGACAGUGUGAUCCUGUCCUGUACCUACAAUUCCAGUAAUCCCAGAGUUACCGGAUAUAAAUGGGAUCACCUAGGCUUCCAGGACCAGCUAUCACCCGCUGUGCUGACGAUUCGAAAAGUUGCCUGGGACACAGGGCCAGUCAAAUGCGCAGCCUGUAACCGGUGGUGUUUGUGGUCUCCCCCUGUCAACCUGGAUGUCCAGUAUGCCCCCAAAGAUGUCAGUGUCCAGGUCACUCCCCACAAUGAGAUUCGCUCUGGGCACCCGGUCCUCCUCCAAUGUGACUUCUUAAGUAGCCGCCCCACGGAUGUCCGCUUCUUCUGGAAGAAAAAUGGAAUCUUUCUGGAGGAAGGAAAGAAACUGAGCUUUGACGCCAUCUCUCCAGAAGAUGCUGGAAUUUACCACUGCUUGGUCAACAAUUCCAUAGGACAGACCUCGUCUAAGGCCUGGGCUCUCCAAGUGCUGUAUGCACCCAGGAGCCUUCAUGUGUCCAUCAGCCCGAAAGACAGCGUGGUGGAGGGGAAGAAAGCAGUCCUGACGUGCGAGAGCGAUGCCAACCCUCCCACCUCCCACUACGCAUGGUUUGACUGGAAUAACCAAGACCUCCGCCAUUAUGAUCAGACGCUGAGAUUGGACCCUGUGACGCUGCAGCACUCAGGCGCCUAUUGGUGCCAGGGGACCAACAGGCUGGGCCGGGGCCAGUCGCCGCCCACCACCCUCACUGUCUACUAUAGCUCAGCCACCAUCAUCAGGCGAGUGGCCUUGGGACUGGGGUUCUGCCUGGCCAUCUUCCUCCUGGCAAUCUGGGGAGUCAAGCUUCAGCGGAGCUGGAAGAGGAUUCAGAGACAGCAGGGGCUUCAGGAAAGUUCCAGUGGACAGAGCUUCUUUGUGAGGAAUGUAAAGGCUCGAAGGAUCCCCCAAGCUGAAGGCCCCCACUCCCUGGGGCGCUACAAUCCAGUGAUGGAAGAUGCCGUCAGCUACGCUGCCUUGCGCUUUCCUCUUGGCGAGACUGAUGCACCGAGACCUGGAGAUGCAGGGCCCUCAGAGAUGCGGGGACUUUCCCCAAACAGGGACGACACGGUCACUUACUCUGUGGUGCAGAAGCGUCACGUGGGCGACUAUGAGAACGUGACUCCAGAGGUCCUAGAAGACGAGGGGAUACAUUACUCGGAGGUGGUCCAUUUUGGGUUUGGGGAGCGGCCGCUGGCCCAGGAAGGAGUGGAAUACGUGACCCUCAAGCAAUGAUGGGCCAAACCAGCUGAGGUGGAGGUGCCAGGGGCCGCAGGGGCCAGGGUGGUCCUGGAACUUUCUCAGCCUCUGCUGUUCAGCUGCGAAAUCACACACACACACACACACACACACACAUGCACACGCACGCACGCAUGCACACACGAGCAUGCACACACGCACACACAUGCAUGCACGCACACACGCACACACACACACGAGCACGCACACACGGUCACAGUUACUGCAACCCCAGUUGGUGCAGAGAACUUUGUACAUGGUCCAGAGACAGUCUUCCUUCUUAGCACUGGUAACCCCGACCCUCCAAAGGGUCUGUCCCUGGUCCUUUCCCACUCCCCUUCUCACCCAGAAAUUCAUCUAAAUACCUAUCCUGAGCUGUACAAAUCCCCCUGCCCCUUCCCAGCCGUCUGCCACCACCUAUCCACUCCCAAACCCCACUCCCCAGCUGGCUGUGUCCCUGUGGGGAUCAGCUGGUCAUUGUUUUUAUUGUUCUCUCUCCCCAUCCCUUUGACACCUCACCCCUGCUCUGAUAACUCCACUCACUAAUCUUAUGCGUACUUUUUGACUCGAGGGCAAAGCCCAGGGAAAGAGGAACAAAAAUGAGGUAGAGGCCCUGCCCUGGGCUGGUUUCCUCUCUAAGAGGCCUUCCACGGGGAGGAUUAUGCUGCUGCGCCUCCUUUCCUCAAGGGUCUCAUGGUCUGAGACAUACACUGAUGUGGACAAACGUGUAACAGACACAGAGCUACACAAUAAACAUGGCUCAGAUGCCACGUCAAAGAGCCAGUGAAUGAUU